AGCUCCCUUUCGGCUCGGCCCGCGCGGCCGCGGGGGGCGGCGCUGCGCUGCGCCGCGCUGCGCUCCAGCCCGGACCCGGCCGGGGCCGCUGGAUGCCGCGUCUCCGCUCCUGCUGCCUGCCGGGCGGGCUCCGGCGGCCGCAGCAAGGUGGGGCAGAAAGGCCCUGUACCAAGCACCCAUAAUUCUCUGGGGGCAUCACCCCUAAAAACAGCACCCCCACCAUGUUUAACCUAAUGAAGAAAGACAAGGACAAAGAUGGCGGGCGGAAGGAGAAGAAGGAGAAAAAGGAGAAGAAGGAGCGGAUGUCAGCGGCAGAACUGCGGAGCCUGGAGGAGAUGAGCCUGCGACGUGGAUUCUUCAACCUGAACCGCUCCUCCAAGCGUGAAUCUAAGACGCGCCUGGAAAUCUCCAACCCCAUCCCCAUCAAGGUGGCCAGCGGCUCCGACCUGCACCUGACUGACAUCGACUCCGACAGCAACAGGGGCAGUGUCAUCCUGGACUCGGGCCACCUAAGCACAGCCAGCUCCAGUGAUGACCUCAAGGGUGAGGAAGGCAGCUUCCGUGGCUCUGUGCUGCAGCGGGCAGCCAAGUUCGGCUCUCUGGCCAAGCAGAACUCACAGAUGAUUGUCAAGCGCUUCUCCUUCUCCCAGCGGAGCCGGGAUGAGAGUGCCUCAGAAACCUCCACCCCCUCAGAGCACUCUGCUGCCCCUUCUCCGCAGGUGGAGGCGAGGACUCUAGAGGGACAGCUGAUGCAGCAUCCUGGCCCAGGCAUCCCUCGACCAGCGCCCCGGUCCCGAGUCCCUGAGCUGGUGACUAAAAGGUUCCCGGCUGACCUGCGUUUGCCCCCUGUGGUGCCCCCGCCACUCCCUGCCCUCAGGGAGCUGGAGCUGCAACGACGGCCCACUGGAGACUUUGGCUUCUCCCUGCGGCGCACGACCAUGCUGGAUCGGGGCCCAGAGGGCCAGGUCUAUCGCAGGGUGGUUCACUUUGCUGAGCCCGGUGCGGGCACCAAGGAUGUGGCCCUGGGGCUGGUGCCAGGUGACCGUCUGAUGGAGAUUAAUGGGCACAACGUGGAGAGCAAGUCCAGGGAUGAGAUUGUGGAGAUGAUCCGGCAGUCUGGGGACAGCGUGCGGCUCAAGGUGCAACCCAUCCCAGAGCUCAGCGAGCUGAGCCGGAGCUGGCUGCGGAGUGGCGAGGGAACCCGCAGGGAGCCAGCCAAUCUGGACCCUGAGGCCGCCUCUCCUGCCCAGAGCCAGGUGAAGACAGAAGAGCAGAUUGCAGCUGAGGAGGCCUGGUAUGAGACAGAGAAGGUGUGGCUGGUCCAUAAGGAUGGUUUCUCCCUGGCCAGUCAGCUCAAAUCUGAGGAGCUCAGCUUGCCGGAGGGGAAGGUGCGUGUGAAGCUAGACCAUGAUGGAGCCAUCUUGGAUGUGGACGAGGAUGACGUAGAGAAGGCCAAUGCUCCCUCAUGCGAUCGUUUGGAAGAUCUGGCCUCACUGGUGUACCUCAACGAGUCCAGCGUCCUGCACACACUGCGCCAGCGCUAUGGUGCUAGUCUGCUGUACACUUACGCUGGCCCCAGCCUCCUCGUCCUCAGCCCCCGUGGGGCCCCUGCUGUGUACUCAGAGAAGGUGAUGCACAUGUUCAAGGGGUGUCGGCGGGAGGACAUGGCACCCCACAUCUACGCCGUGGCCCAGAACGCAUACAGGGCAAUGCUGAUGAGCCGUCAGGACCAGUCCAUCAUCCUCCUGGGCAGUAGUGGCAGUGGCAAGACCACCAGCUGCCAGCAUCUGGUGCAAUACCUGGCCACCAUUGCAGGCACUAGCGGGAACAAGGUGUUUUCUGUGGAGAAGUGGCAGGCUCUGUACACUCUCCUGGAAGCCUUUGGGAAUAGCCCUACCAUCAUGAACGGCAAUGCCACCCGCUUCUCCCAGAUCCUCUCCCUGGACUUUGACCAAGCUGGCCAGGUGGCCUCGGCCUCCAUUCAGACGAUGCUUCUGGAGAAGCUGCGCGUGGCUCGACGCCCAGCCAGUGAGGCCACAUUCAACAUCUUCUACUACCUGCUGGCCUGUGGGGAUGGCACCCUCAGGACAGAGCUCCACUUGAACCACUUGGCAGAGAACAAUGUGUUUGGGAUUGUACCACUGGCCAAGCCCGAGGAGAAGCAGAAGGCGGCUCAGCAGUUCAGUAAGCUGCAGACGGCCAUGAAGGUGCUGGGCAUCUCACCCGAUGAACAGAAAGCCUGCUGGCUCAUCCUGGCUGCCAUCUACCACCUGGGGGCUGCAGGCGCCACCAAAGAGGCCCCCGAGGAGCAAGCGGAAGCUGCCGAAGCUGGGCGCAAGCAGUUUGCACGCCAUGAGUGGGCCCAGAAGGCUGCAUACCUGUUGGGCUGCAGCCUGGAGGAGCUCUCCUCGGCCAUCUUCAAGCACCAGCACAAGGGGGGCACCCUGCAGCGCUCUACCUCCUUCCGCCAGGGCCCUGAGGAGAGCGGCCUGGGAGAUGGCACAGGCCCCAAACUGAGUGCGCUGGAGUGCUUAGAGGGCAUGGCGUCUGGCCUCUACAGUGAGCUCUUCACCCUUCUUGUCUCCCUGGUGAACAGGGCUCUCAAGUCCAGCCAGCACUCGCUCUGCUCUAUGAUGAUUGUGGACACUCCAGGCUUCCAGAACCCUGAGCAGGGUGGGUCAGCCCGCGGAGCCUCCUUUGAGGAGCUGUGCCACAACUACGCCCAGGACCGGCUGCAGAGGCUCUUCCAUGAGCGCACCUUUGUGCAGGAGUUGGAAAGAUACAAGGAGGAGAACAUCGAGUUGGCGUUUGAUGACUUGGAGCCAGCCACGGACGAUUCAGUGGCCGCUGUGGACCAAGCCUCCCAUCAGUCUCUGGUCCGCUCGCUGGCCCGCACGGAUGAGGCAAGGGGCCUGCUGUGGCUAUUAGAAGAGGAGGCACUGGUGCCAGGGGCCACAGAAGAUGCCCUCCUGGAGCGCCUUUUCUCCUACUAUGGCCCCCAGGAAGGUGACAAAAAAGGCCAAAGCCCCCUCCUGCGCAGCAGUAAACCACACCAUUUCCUCCUGGGCCACAGCCAUGGCACCAACUGGGUGGAAUACAAUGUGGCUGGCUGGCUGAGCUACACCAAGCAGAACCCGGCCACCCAGAACGCCCCCCGGCUCCUGCAGGACUCCCAGAAAAAAAUCAUCAGCAACCUGUUUCUGGGCCGGGCGGGCAGCGCCACGGUGCUCUCAGGCUCCAUUGCGGGCCUGGAGGGAGGCUCGCAGCUGGCCCUGCGCCGGGCCACCAGCAUGCGGAAGACCUUCACCACAGGCAUGGCGGCUGUCAAGAAGAAGUCACUGUGCAUCCAAAUUAAGCUGCAGGUGGACGCCCUCAUUGACACCAUCAAGAAGUCGAAGCUGCAUUUCGUGCACUGCUUCUUGCCUGUGGCAGAGGGCUGGGCCGGGGAGCCCCGUUCCGCCUCUUCCCGCCGAGUCAGCAGCAGCAGUGAGCUGGACCUGCCCUCCGGAGACCACUGCGAGGCUGGGCUCCUGCAGCUGGACGUGCCCCUGCUCCGCGCCCAACUCCGAGGCUCCCGCCUGCUUGAUGCCAUGCGCAUGUACCGCCAAGGUUACCCUGACCACAUGGUGUUUUCCGAGUUCCGCCGCCGCUUCGAUGUCCUGGCCCCACACCUGACCAAGAAACACGGGCGCAACUACAUCGUGGUAGAUGAAAGGCGGGCGGUAGAGGAGCUGCUGGAGUCCCUGGACCUGGAGAAGAGCAGCUGCUGCAUGGGCCUGAGCCGGGUGUUCUUCCGGGCGGGCACGUUGGCACGACUGGAGGAGCAGCGGGAUGACCAAACCAGCAGGAACCUGACCCUGUUCCAGGCGGCCUGCAGGGGCUUUCUGGCCCGCCAGCACUUCAAGAAGAGAAAGAUUCAAGACCUGGCCAUUCGCUGUGUGCAGAAGAACAUCAAGAAGAACAAAGGGGUGAAGGACUGGCCCUGGUGGAAGCUCUUUACCACCGUGCGGCCUCUCAUCGAGGUACAGCUGUCCGAGGAGCAGAUCCGGAACAGAGACGAGGAGAUCCAGCAGCUGCGAAGCAAGCUUGAGAAGGUGGAAAAGGAGCGGAAUGAGCUGCGGCUCAACAGUGACCGGCUGGAGACCCGGAUCUCAGAGCUGACAUCGGAGCUGACGGAUGAACGUAACACAGGAGAGUCCGCCUCCCAGCUGUUGGACGCCGAGACUGCGGAGAGGCUCCGAGCCGAGAAGGAGAUGAAGGAGCUACAGACCCAGUACGAUGCACUAAAGAAGCAAAUGGAAGUGAUGGAAAUGGAGGUGAUGGAGGCCCGUCUCAUCCGGGCAGCUGAGAUCAACGGGGAAGUGGAUGAUGAUGACACAGGUGGCGAGUGGCGCCUGAAGUAUGAGCGAGCUGUGCGGGAGGUGGACUUCACCAAGAAGCGGCUCCAGCAGGAGUUUGAGGACAAGUUGGAGGUGGAGCAGCAGAACAAGAGGCAACUGGAGAGGCGGCUCGGGGACCUGCAGGCGGAUAGUGACGAGAGCCAGCGGGCUCUGCAGCAGCUCAAGAAGAAGUGCCAGCGGCUAACGGCUGAGCUGCAGGACACCAAGCUGCACCUGGAGGGCCAACAGGUCCGCAACCACGAGCUGGAGAAGAAGCAGAGAAGGUUCGACAGUGAGCUCUCGCAAGCCCAUGAGGAGGCCCAGCGCGAGAAGCUGCAGCGGGAGAAGCUGCAGCGAGAGAAGGACAUGCUCCUUGCCGAGGCUUUCAGCCUGAAGCAGCAACUAGAGGAAAAAGACAUGGACAUUGCCGGAUUCACUCAGAAGGUCGUCUCACUGGAGGCUGAGCUCCAGGACAUUUCUUCCCAAGAGUCCAAGGAUGAGGCCUCUCUGGCCAAGGUUAAGAAACAGCUCCGGGACCUGGAGGCCAAGGUCAAGGAUCAGGAAGAGGAGCUGGAUGAGCAGGCGGGGACCAUCCAGAUGCUGGAGCAGGCCAAGUUGCGACUUGAGAUGGAGAUGGAGCGGAUGAGGCAGACCCAUUCCAAGGAGAUGGAGAGUCGGGAUGAGGAGGUAGAGGAGGCCCGGCAGUCGUGUCAGAAGAAGUUAAAACAAAUGGAAGUGCAGCUUGAGGAAGAGUAUGAGGACAAGCAGAAGGUGCUGCGAGAGAAGCGGGAGCUGGAGAGCAAGCUCACCACACUCAGUGACCAGGUGAACCAGCGGGACUUUGAGUCAGAGAAGCGGCUCCGGAAAGACCUGAAGCGUACCAAGGCCCUGCUGGCAGAUGCCCAGAUCAUGCUGGACCACCUGAAGAACAACGCGCCUAGCAAGAGGGAGAUCGCCCAGCUGAAAAACCAGCUGGAGGAGUCAGAGUUCACGUGUGCAGCAGCUGUCAAAGCACGGAAAGCGAUGGAAGUGGAGAUCGAAGAUCUGCACCUGCAGAUUGAUGACAUUGCCAAAGCCAAGACAGCGCUGGAGGAGCAGCUGAGCCGCCUUCAGCGUGAGAAGAAUGAGAUCCAGAACCGGCUGGAGGAGGAUCAGGAGGAUAUGAAUGAGCUGAUGAAGAAGCACAAGGCGGCCGUGGCUCAGGCUUCCCGGGACCUGGCUCAGAUGAAUGAUCUCCAAGCUCAGCUAGAAGAAGCCAACAAGGAGAAGCAAGAGCUGCAGGAGAAGCUACAAACCCUCCAAAGCCAAGUGGAGUUCCUGGAGCAGUCCAUGGUGGACAAGUCCCUGGUGAGCAGGCAGGAAGCUAAGAUCCGGGAGCUGGAGACACGCCUGGAGUUUGAAAGGACCCAAGUGAAGCGGCUGGAGAGCCUGGCCAGCCGGCUCAAGGAGAACAUGGAGAAGCUGACUGAGGAGCGGGAUCAGCGCAUAGCAGCUGAGAAUCGGGAGAAGGAGCAGAACAAGAGGCUGCAGCGGCAGCUCCGGGACACCAAGGAGGAGAUGGGCGAGCUUGCCAGGAAGGAGGCCGAGGCGAGCCGCAAGAAGCAUGAACUGGAGAUGGAUCUGGAGAGUCUGGAGGCUGCUAACCAGAGCCUGCAGGCCGAUCUGAAAUUGGCAUUCAAGCGCAUCGGGGACUUGCAGGCCGCCAUUGAGGAUGAGAUGGAGAGCGAUGAGAACGAGGACCUCAUCAACAGUUUGCAGGACAUGGUGACAAAGUAUCAGAAAAGAAAGAAUAAACCCGAGGGGGAGUCAGAUGUGGACUCAGAGCUGGAGGACCGGGUCGACGGGGUCAAGUCAUGGUUGUCGAAAAACAAGGGGCCUUCCAAGGCAGCUUCCGAUGAUGGCAGCUUGAAGAGUUCCAGAACGGCCCUCAACACCCUCGGGAAGGAGGGCAAGGGGACGGAGGAGAGGCCGGCCUCGGUGCUGAGCUCCCUGAGCUAUCGGAAGCGGCUCACGCUGAAGGACUCCAUCGGGGGCACUGGCGACGAGGAUUCGCUCUUCACCACCCUGAGCGAGAGGGCAGCCUCCCCCGAGAGGCCCCCACGGAAGGCCCGCACAGGCACCAGGGAGGAGCCAAGCCAGGGCAGGAAGUCUGAGGAGCCUGAGGAGUGUGGCUCCAUUUUCUCUGAGGUCGGGAGCCUUGCCAGCCGGGGGCUGGAGAAGCGCUGGGGCUCUGACUUUGACCGGGCCUCGGCCGUCUCUGCACCAGUCAGCCGGGCCUCCUCGGCCACACGGCGCGGCUCUGGGGAGGAUGGGGCCCGCUCCUCCAUGAGCUUCUCACUGUCAGGCUCACCCAGUUCCCGUCGCAGCACUUCCCGGCUCGACAGCCUGUCAAAGACCCUCAGCCCUUCCUUGAGCCGGGCCUCAGGCCUCGGCCGGGAGAGCCCUGAUUCCAGCCUGUCCCUGGGCCGAAGCUGUCUGGAUGAAUGGCAUGAUGGAGCCAGUGUGGCCUUGAGUGAGGCCCACUCGCAGUUCAGCCACCCGUCACUGGCCCGAAGUCUGUCGGUGCCACCCCAGCCACGUGUCUCAGCCUCUGCCACGGAUGAACCUCUCGGCUCCAGCGUCCGCCCCGUCAGCCGUCACUCCUACCUGGACCCAGACCUGGAGGCUGCCAUCAAUGAGGUCUUGAGCUACAAACCUGUCCCGUUCCAACGGAGCAGGCUGGAGCCUGACUCCGAGGAGGAUGACCGGAAGAGCACCCAGAGUGUCCGGAGUGCCCGACUGGACCUCCCAGAGCGAGCCACCAGCAUCCGCCGCUCAGCCUCUGCUGCCGAUGUCUCUCGGUCCCGCAGCAGCCGGAAGAGCCGGAGCAGGAGAAGGAGCAGGUCCAGCUCCAGCUCCACUUCCAGCUCAGAAGAUUCCUCGGAGUAUAAGCAGAGGAAGAAGGGGCGCUCUCGAAAGAGCAAGAAGAAGUCCAAAUCGAGAAGAAAGAGAACGGAGACAGAGUCUGAUUCCUCCUCAUCAACAUCCAGUGGCUCCACUGUCUCAAGCCACAGCCGCUCGAGCGUGAAGAAGGGCCCGGCUGGAGAAAAUGAGGAGGCUGGGCAGGCGCGCCAGCAGUCACGGAAGGAGGAGAAGAAGCGCAAGAAGGCGGUGGACAGCCUGAUGAUGCGGUACCUGUACCGGCCCGAGAGCGACUAGCGUACCCCACCAGCUACUGGAAGUCCCCUGCCCCUGACCGGUCAGACGAUGAGCACGACCCUCCGGACAGCACUGCCAGGCCCCGAUACUCCCACAACUAUCUGAGUGACAGCGACACAGAGGCCAAGCCAAUGGAAACCAACCCAUAGCCCAGGGGAGUGGUCCACACCAUCCCACGCCACGGCCUACUGCUGCCAUGGCGCAGGAAAUGGCGGGGCACAGGUCUCCCCACCUUACUGCAGAUCUGCAUGGGAAACACCGAACCCUCUUCGGUCAGGGGGCUUCCCAGGCUGCGGGUGGCUGACGUCUCCACAUGGAAGAGGUGGGGGGAAGAGGAG